AUGGGGUGGGGGGCGGGGUCGUGCCGUCCUCGUCUGCCUCCUCUGCCUCGUCUUGUCGCUCUGGCCAUGUUGUUGAUGAGCUGUCAAGCAGCUCCGAUCGAACCUGAUCAGAUCAUGAUCUUGUUCCAUGCUCCAGAUAACAUCAUGAGAUCUUUCGGAGAGGACUCGAUGACUAUCAAUAGCCUGUACGCGCAGAGACACGGGUUUGCUUUCAAAGUCAUCAAAGAUGUAGUUGUUGAAGACAGAGAUGUGACGUGGUCGAAAGUCAAGAUCCUCGCGAGAGAGUUGUCACCCAUUCUUGAAGGAGACGACAAGAGCAGGGUCAAGGUUCUGUUGUGGCUGGAUAGCGAUGCAGUCUUCACAAACUUCGACUUCGAUCUGUUGUCUCUAUGUCAGAAGUUCUUUGAUUCAAGCUUUCAUUUGGCGCUCUGUAAGGACCUCAGUAUGCCACGAGACUCCGGCAUCACCUGUGGUCCAGUGUGCUUCAGUACAGGAUCCAUUCUCCUUCGAAGGGAUGGAUGGACUGCACGAUUCACGCAGAGUUGGUGGGAUUCGGGAGGGGAGAUGCAGCAGUUCCUCUUUGGGAGAGACCAUGAAGAAUCGGUGUUUGCCAAGUUGUAUGAGAAAGAUGCGAUGGGGGUCAGAAACAAGACCAUGGCUCUGAGGCCCACAGAGUUGAACUCUGUAGCUCCCUUUCAUGAAGGCCAUGAGCCUGCCCAACCGAUCAUGCAUCUUGCCUCGGAGCCCAGAGAAGUCAGGGAGUCGGUAUGGGUCAGGUCUUCAGCUAUCUGCGAAGUCUUAUUGCCAGCAGCUCUAACGGAACAUUGUAACCGGACUUGUCAAAACCAAGACAGGAUCCUCAACAUUUCCCACGCACUGGAUCAGAAUCGACUAGAUGUCCUCGUAAAGCAAGGAUAUGAGAAAGCGUGGGCGAACAGCCCUACUGAUCCUCAUGUUGCUACUGUCUUGGCGGCCAAGGAGCGUCAAGGAGGAAUGAAGGAGAAAGCAAGAGAGUUGUUGCUCCAAGCGAUGAAACUUGCACCGGGUGAUCCAGAUGCUGCGGUGAUGCCUGAUCAACUACGGGAGUUUGCUUGGAUCACAAGCUGA